CUCGACGUGGUCGUUGGACGUCAUGCAAUUAGUGAACAUCCCAUCGGGAAUGCUGACGUGCUCUCAGAGCCCACUGAGCCGAAACUUGUGGCUCUGUUGAGUGAUGCGGCGAUUCGAGCAGCUGAACUAGAAAUUACUGCGAUCAUCAAUAAGGUAUUGUGCUUGAUCCAAAUUGCGCACUUCAAUGAAACAAAUCAGAAGCUGUGA